CCGUCCCCCCUCCCCGCCCUCGCGCUCCGCUCCGUGCCCGCCGACGGUGCCGGUGCCGGUGCCGGUGCCGCCCGCUCCCACCGCCCCCUGCCCGGAGCGGGCCGGCCCGGCGGCACCAUGGCCGGGCAGGAGUGGGACUGGUUUCAACGCGAGGAGCUCAUCGGACACAUCAGCGACAUCCGAGUGCAGAACCUCCAAGUGGAACGGGAAAAUGUACAGAAGAGGACCUUUACAAGAUGGAUAAACCUACAUUUGGGAAAGUGCAAACCUCCUCUGAAAGUGAGAGAUUUGUUUAUGGAUAUACAAGAUGGCAAAAUCUUGAUGGCACUACUGGAAGUCCUGUCAGGACAAAAACUGAUGCAUGAAUACAAAUCUUCAACCCAUCGCAUUUUUCGUUUGAACAAUAUAGCCAAAGCACUUAAGUUCCUGGAGGACAGUAAUGUAAAGCUCGUUAGCAUUGAUGCAGCAGAAAUAGCAGAUGGAAAUUCCUCUCUGGUACUUGGGCUAAUAUGGAACAUAAUAUUGUUUUUUCAGAUUAAAGAGCUGACAGGCAACCUCAACAGGAACUCCUCCUCAUCCAGCCUCUCAUCUGGGCCCAGUGGGCCAGAGUCGGACACAUCAUACCCUAGCACUCCUAACAUAGAGAGAAGCAUGUCUGUCACAGUGAAGGACCAGCGAAAAGCCAUCAGAGCCCUUUUAUUUUGGGUUCAGAGGAAAACCAGAAAAUACGGUGUUGCAGUUCAGGACUUUGCCAGCAGCUGGAGGAGCGGCCUUGCCUUCUUAGCUAUCAUAAAAGCAAUAGACUCCACUUUGGUAGACAUGAAGCAUGCACUGGAAAAAUCAGCUCGAGAAAACUUGGAGGAUGCUUUUAGCAUUGCUCAAAACAAGCUGGGUGUUCCUAGGCUCCUAGAGCCAGAAGAUAUAAUGGUGGAAUCCCCCGAUGAGCAGUCCAUUGUGACCUAUGUGGCCCAGUUCCUUGAGCACUUCCCAGAGCUGGAGGGGGAAGACUUUACAGAUCCUGAGAAAGAGCUUCCCAUUGAAUCUACAUAUGUUCACAUCAAAGACACGCCUUCAGAAAAGGAAAGCAAAAUCUUGAUUUUAAGGGAAAGUGACAAGAAUAUGUACACUGUUAAUCAUGAAAGGAGUCACCCUGCUCCUCCAAAGGUUCAUAUUCACGAUACCCCUGAGAGAACCCUGUCAGAAACAGUUCCUGAAGCAUGUAAUGGCAAAUUGAAUGAAGCGUUAGGUGAUUCUCAGGAAAUCUGUGACGAUGAGCCACAAAGGCCUACUUCACUGAAUAUUACAGGAUCUGUCAGUUAUGAAUCAAGUUCCUCCUGGGAAGUUCUUAGUGAUAAAUUGAUGCCAGGUGAUGGUGGCUUAUCUGAUGAUCCACUGAAACAGAGUGAUGACCUCUCUCCAGCUGUUCUGACAGAUCAGAAAAAUUCUGUUGACUCUUUUGAAGACUACUCUGAAGAAUUAACUAAAGAAACCUAUACCGAAUACGACAAUGAAACAAAGAGCCUUUCAGCCAAUACUUCUUCUUUAAGUCCAUUGUCUUGGACUUCAGGUAUACUUACAGAUGAAUCUAUAAAUAAAGUAGAAGAGAGCAAUUCUCAAAAUUCAAUUAUUUUACCAGAAGUUACUUCUAAACAAGAAGAUACACAUAAGUAUGUUCUCCAUCUUCUAAAUGAGGAAAUACUGAAACUGCCAGAAAAUGAACAUACAAAGCAAUCACCUAUCUUGGAGACAACAGAAAAUAGCCAUAGUUUGUUCAAUGGUUCUAAUCUCAAAAGCCAAGAAAUAUCUACACUGCUAGAAGCAUCUGAUGACUCUCUCUCAGAUGUGCCCAAUAAUGAAGAAGACUCAGACAGCUGCGAUGACGAUGAGUCUUCAGCAGAAGUACUACUCAGUUCUUCAAAAGUAUCUGUAAUACCCCACGAUCUCUUCUAUUAUCCACAUUAUAACGUUCCCAUAUCAGCAGUUUUGGAUGCUUAUGUUGAGCCUCGUCUUGAAAGAUACAGUACUGAAAAUGACAAAUCUUUUUCUGAAACAGUAACAGAUAAUCUACAUGAGAAAGAGAUACCUGCACAGCACUACAAGGAGGAUGCUCCAGAGCCAGGCUUCGGGAAUAAUCAUGGUGUCCCCUCACUGGAAAUGGAUGCUGAGAAUGGAGAGGAGGAAAUAGUAGAUAUGAACACUCUUAGAAGUUCUUUCUAUGAAAAGGAAGUGCCAUUACUAAUAGGAGAGAUAGAAAUUGAAGUAGACAGCCAAAAAGCCACCGGCAAUGAAGAUUCCAUGAUUCUACAGCAUCCUGAGGCCAGAGGAGACAACCUAGAUGACUUUGCAACAGUGGGAAUAAGACUGGAAGAAAGUAGUAAUGGGGAGGGAGAAAAGGAAAAUAUGAUCGAAGCAGAAGAUUUACAGAUCUCAGAAGUUGGGCAUACUACACUGUUAGAUGAUGAACUGGAAGAAAUUGCUAAUAGCCACGAGUUGACCAGAACUUGUGACAAUGAUUCCAACAUUUAUCUCCGAAAAAGGUUUCCUGAUACUUCUGAGAUGGAAACCUCUGGUAAAAAGGAUCAGAAGAUGACAGAAAUGGAUGAAAAUCUAUUGAUCACUGGGAUGAAAAAGGAUAUGGAAACAAAUGAGACUGCAGCACCUCCUCGCCAGACUCUAAGCGUUGAGCAAUCGGAGCUAUUCCACUUCAUCGUUUUCCUCUGGGUGCUUGUCUACUGCCUUUUAGUCCUUCCACAGCUUUUUAGCUUCAAAGUGUGAUCUCUGUGGGGUGUGGAAAAAUAAAAGACAACGGCUUGAUUGCUUUGUGUAUCUACAUAUAAGUAUGUUAUUUCAGGUGAAGCACAAGCAGAAAUAUAGGACCUGGUAUUUGUAUUUACUAUCAGGUUCUCCUCAGUUCCUCUACUGUUGCGCUUAUGACAAUGUCUAAGCACAUUUUAUAUUAUGACAAUUGUGUAAAUAUAUAUAAAAGACCUGAUUUAGUAGCUGCAAUUUUGUACAUUUGUGCCUUGCUUUAUAAGAUGCUAAAUAAAAAUGGGUAAUUAUCAGUAGAAUUAUGAACAAUUCAGAGCUCUAGUCUUCAAAAAUUAUUCUUCUGGCUUCAUUUACCUGCAUAGGGUCCAACAGCAGUGGAAGAACUCUUGUUGGCUUGCCCGUGAAUCUGGCUAUCCUACAAGAACAAGGCUUGAAAUAAGUUUUUUCCAUGGAGUUCUUUGAGGGAGGUGGAAGUAGAGCAGAGUUGGAGUUGAGACGUUCUUGCUGCAGGAAUUCAACUAGUGGCAAUCCAGUGGAGCAGCAAAAUCAGGUGGAGAGUUAUUUGUGGAGGGAAGAUUGGUUUCUUUAGGAUGUAAAUUCAUUUUUAUGGUGAACUUUUUAUGUUUAAAUUGCAGGAACAAAUUGGGUAUGGAGCAGGUGCUACCUGCUUCUUAAGAAGGAUCAUGUGAGAAAUCUUAAUCCAGUAAUUUCUAUACAGAUUACCUGAAGAAAUAUACUUUCUAUAGUGGCCAUGUUUGAGAAAGAUCAGGAAGAGAUCAGUGCUGUUUGGUUGUUUUGAAUACUGUACCUCAAUGCUUGUGAGACAGCAUCUGAUUCCUUCUUUCUGAUGGAAAAAAAAAAAAUACUUACAAGAUCAUGAGAUCAUUUCUCUCUUUUAAAGAUACAAAAUAUGACAGGUCAUCUAAUUUCUAAGGCUACUGCUGAAGCACAAGUGCAUUGCUAUGAAAGUGUUAGAAAUAUUCUUUAAGUGUAUAAAUCAAUGACAAGGGUAAACCUCAGCAUCAAGAAACGCUGACAGCCUUUCUUUACUCUCCAGUAUAACUAGAUACACUUUCAUGCAUAGUUAAGCCAUUUCUGCCUCUUCCAUUUUUAGCCACAUCAGCGAUCACUUUUGGGUAUUUGAUUUAGGUUUUCAGCCAGAGGAAGGGUACCAGUGUGAUACAGGGUGAAAGAGAAGUCUUCAAAUCCAGUUCAAUUGCACUUAUUUCUUAGUCAUCAUAAGAGAUUAUCUGGAGUUCAAUUACAGUCUUUUUGGAGAAUUUUACCCCUUUAAGAUUUCAGUCAAGGAGAAUCAUUUCCAUUUUAUCUUCUAUCUCCUAAGAAAAUUAAUUGGAAGAAGAUCUUUGGAUGUCUCAUCUAAACUACUGACAUCCAUAAAGAUGUAUGUGUAAGUAUGUAAGCCUGUAUCAUUAUUCCACUGUUCAAAAUCCGGUCUCUUCCUGCAAGUGCCCUCCCUGUUCUGAAAACGUUGCUCCUUGUUGGUCUUCGUGUGCCAUUCCUAGCCCACAGUCUAAAAGCCUGACUGUAAAGCAUUCAUUGUAGCAAAGGAUUUUCUAGUGUGCUGGCUCUAAGACUGUUGUGAGGCAUCUGAGAUUUUAAAGGCCGGUGGGCCGUCUUUUAUCUAGCCAGCAGGUAAGUGCAGGGUCUGAAUAAGGAGGUUUCUUCUGAUAAAAGACCUGGGUUUUUGAAAAGUGCUAAGUUUGAAGUGACAUCAUUUGGUACUUAGGUUUAGUAGCAGAAUUCAGGUUAUAUGGGUGCUGAUCUGUUAAGACCAUUUAUAAAACCAGUUCUUGUUGAGCAAGUAUAUGCAUAGGAGGGUAUUGUGAAGUGUAAGUGUUGGGAAGUGUUCGUAGAUUACUGGAUAAAUGGGUGUUUGGUGUUCAGAGAAGCACCAUUACAGGCUACAAAACAGCUGUAACAGGAUGCUUCAACAUUACUGCUGGUGUGUAGCUGAACUGCAACGUGUUUCAUUGCAGCUUUAUAGAAAGUGCGAGAAUUGGUUUAGUAUUAAAGACAAAACCCUGCAAAAUGUUUAUGGGGCAGAUGUCUUACAGCUGAAGAAACGAGUUUAACAGUCAUGGAAUCUACAAAGUGAAAUGAAUGCAGCCUUUGCCAGGUUGUAGGAAAUGAUCAGGGCAAGUACAGCUUGCAGUAAUAAGAUAAAAAUAAAAGACAAUCACUUUUUUAAUGCCAUGAAUAUUUUUGAUAGAUUGAGCUCUAAAAUGUAUUUUAAUUGAGUUUCUAGAUUAUAAUGAAUGUGUCUACAGAAUUUUAUGCAGAGCUUCAGAGUUCAACUGUUUUAAAAAGAUUUUCUUUUUUUUAUAUAGCGGUGAUUAUUUUAUCUAUAUAUUUAAUAGAACUGUAAAACCAUUUUAAGAAUAUCUGUAAAACUAUGUGUAUGUGAUACGAUUAUUUAUUAAUUAUGACUCACAAGAAUGAACACUGAGCUAUGCACCGGUUGGAUCGUACAUUUGGAAAAUGGAAACUGCAAACAGAGGAAGAGCUCCUACUGAACAGUAGACUUGAAAGACGUGGGACAGGAUUUGAAUACAACUGCGCGAUUCUUAAAGCUGCAUAGCUAUAUGUCAUUUUGCGAUGUUAACCUUCAGCUAAAGUUGCAAAUUAUAUUGAGUGAUUAAGGUACUUUCUUGCAUUAAAACUUCCUGAGGCUGAAAUUUCAACAUGUUAGUAUUUGGUGUUUAACUCGCUUAUUUCCUUUACAUCUUCUGAUGACUGUCACUAUGACUUCUUCAUCAAAGUAGUGAGCCACUGAAUUUACUGGGGCCCAGGGAUUUUUAUUAAUAUAUUUUUUUCAGAGCUUUCGGUACCCAUCCUCACAUAAUCAGAGCUUUUAGAAGAGGAAUUUGGCCAAUGUGUGUGCUCUCAUAUUUAUCCAUUGAAGAAGAUAAUUAGUGCAUUAUCACUUAUGUGUAGCUUUAAGUACUUGGGAGUCCCUUCUUACCAAGCACAAACAUGAAUGCAUCCAGUGAUGUAUUCAGUUCUCGACUUCCGUGAAAGUCAGUGUGACGCAUCUGUGUGCUAAGCACACACCACAGGAUCUGGCCAUGAGGAGAUUUAACUUUCAUCACAUAGGCCAGGACUAGCCAAAGCCUAUACAUUGCCUUAGGGCUAGGAACCCCUCUAAUCCAAGGUACACAAACAAUGCCACAGACUUCAGCCAAUCCCUUUAAAUGCAUCACAUUUGUUGCAUAAAUAUGUAGGACCAAACCCCUCCUUCUUCUAGGAAGUUACCAUCCACUACCAGUUCUGAUUAAGAGGACAGCAGCAGGGAACAAGUGGCUGGAUUGCGGGGUAAGGUCACAGGUUAGAAUGUGAUUCUUCCCCGCUGCACACCACUGAUGAUGCUCAUUUACACACACCUGACUGAUGUGUGUUCAUAUUCCAGUGUUGUACAUACACAGGGCAUGCAUGAGUGCAAGUUGCUCCCCCACACCUCACCAUGAUGAAGCUAUUUGUGCCAGAGGAUGGGAUUUAUAGGCACGUUUAAAGGAUAUUAGAAAAGACAUACUCUGAAUGGGAAAGCUUGCGUACUCUGUCCUUCUCUUGACUUGCUGCUCUAUAGCCCACAGAAGGCAAAAAGAAAUUAACCUUUUAUUCUCAAGUGCUGUGUCUGUUUCAGGGUUAUCUUAACUGAAAUUGUGGAAUAUCAAAGCAUUUCUUUCUUCCUCUGAAUAUGAGACAUGGAAAACUCGCUUCCACCUCAGUGGCACUUUUGAUGACUCCUUUUUAGACAGCUGCUACUGCUGAUAAUGGAAAAUGAGAACGGUGUUAUUUUCUCACCAUGAGGAGAAUGUCUAAGUUUAUGUCUCUGGAACAUAAAAUUGGCCCCUGGGUGAUUAAUACAAUUCUUUCCUCAUGAAAAGGUUAGAAGGGGCAAUAAAAAUAAUUAAUUUGACCUCAGUGAGAAAUAGUAAAAAAUAACAUUCCAAGCAAGGCUAUGUUCAAGUCAGGUAAUAUUUUACUGCCAAAGUAGUUUCAUUACUUUCAUUGGGCCUUCCUGGAAUCUCUUUGAUUCAUGGAAUACAUUCGCUCUGUGCCCAAGGAACCGUUCAUACAGGGCAGCUCUGAUCCACAGCUGUCACUAGACUGUAACAGAUAAUCACCAGUGUUUGCUUAGAAAUGACUGGUCUAAUUUAAUUCAAUUAACUUUCAACUUAUGUGCUGUUCAUUUUGUAGAGAAACAACAGGCUUUUUUCUUUAAUGCUGAAGAACUUGCAGUUAAAUACUGUAAAUCAAAUACAUCUUUUUGUUACAGUCAAAAGAAUUCAACCUCUGCUUUUGCACUGAAUGAAACAUGUUUUAGUUUGCCGUACCACUGCAUGCCAUCUUAUUCUUCAGUGUAAAAAGCAAAAGAAAAACCCCUGUUUUACCCUGACCAAUUUUACCAUUCUUAUUAAAGUUCUUCAAUUUAAAAGGAUUGAUGAAGUUCUAGUUUGCUAAGGAUUUAACUGGAGACAUUUAUAAGUAAGGGAUGUUGUAUUCAAGAAACAUGCUAUCCAUUGGCAAGUGGUAAGGAAUGAAGGUUAUUUAAAUGAGAACAAAUGAAAGGAGGACUUGCUUGGUAUCAAAAGGUGUCCUGAAGGAGAUGCGUUUCUGUGUACUUUAAAAUACAUUUCUUCUAAAUGCUUUCAGUCAGUGGCAUGUACUGAACAUUCGCACCUGUUGCUCAAAGCUAAUUUCUGUGAGAAAGAAAUGUAUUCUUGUGUAUAGUUGGUACAAUAGCAAAGUAAAUGUUUUUAGAUACUGUUCCUCUGUAAUAAGAUUAGUAUUCACUAGUGAAUAGUUCCUCUUUAUUUUAUAAAAUCUCCAGUUUGGAAAUAAAGGGACAGGCUUCCUGUA